UCUUUAAAGGUUCUAAACACCGCGGGGCCAGUCGCGGUCAAGUUUCGCCGGCGUCUUCCCGUCGAUAAUUGUCGGAUUUUAAACAAAAAAAACACCACGAAAAUAUUCCGUUGCCGGCUUCGUUCCCGCAUCGACAGUCGCCUCGCGUUAAUUUGCUUUUUUUUAAAUAUUCGCGGAUUUAUUUUAAUCACCACCCUCGUCUCUCCAGCUCCCUUACGGCCUAGUUAACCCGGCGGGGAAAGCCUGCGCCUAGCCCCACCGGAAAAAUAGGCGAGGCCGCUAUCUUCCUUCGGGGUGGGGGUCCCGUCAUAAAAAAAAAAAACCAUUAAGUUAACAACAAGAACGGGGAUAUGGCGCUGCUGGCGAAAGCACUGAACGUGCAGAGGACCAAGGCAGACCCAGAGGAGUUGUUCACCAAGCAGGAGAGGAUUGGCAAGGGCUCGUUUGGGAAGGUGUUCAAGGGCAUCAACAAUCACACGAAGGAGGUGGUGGCCAUCAAGAUGAUCGACCUGGAGGCGGCUGAGGAUGAGAUCGAGGACAUCCAGCAGGAGAUCACGGUGCUGAGUCAGUGCGACUCUCCCUUCGUCACGCGCUACCACGGCUCCUACCUCAAGGACAGCAAGCUGUGGAUCAUCAUGGAGUACUUGGGCGGUGGCUCUGCCCUUGACCUGCUGCAGGCCGGCUCGCUGGAGGAGUACCACAUCGCCACGAUCCUCCGCGAGAUACUCAAAGGGCUCGAGUACCUUCACUCGGAGAGGAAGAUUCACAGGGACAUCAAAGCUGCCAACGUGCUGCUGUCGGAGCAGGGCGACGUGAAGCUGGCCGACUUUGGGGUGGCCGGGCAGCUCACGGAGACGCAGGCCAAGCACACGUUCGUGGGCACGCCCUUCUGGAUGGCCCCCGAGGUCAUCAAGCAGGCGGCCUACGACGCCAAGGCGGACAUCUGGUCCCUGGGCAUCACGGCGAUCGAGCUGGCGCAGGGGGAGCCGCCGCACGCGGACCAGCACCCCAUGAAGGUGCUCUUCGUGAUCCCCACGUGCGAGCCGCCCACCCUGCAAGGCGGCUACAGCCGCGUGUUCAAGGACUUCACGCAGACCUGUCUCAACAAGGACCCGCAAUACCGGCCGUCUGCGAAGGAGCUCCUGCGUCACCGCUUCCUGGCACAGAAGGCCAAGCGCACGUCGUGCCUCACGGAGCUCAUCGACCGCUACCGCCGCUGGAGACUCGAGAAACCCGACGACAGCUCCGAUUCAGAGGAUGAUGAGGAUCAGCCCGACGGCUGUGAGGCCGACAAGGCGGAGCCUCCCCACUGGGACGACACGGACGGCAGCGGCACCGAGAAGAUCCUUCCGGCGGAAGACGCGCAGCCUGAAGAGAAACCGGUGGUACGGCAACCAAAGUCUGAGAGUUUGUACAGCCUGCUCACCCCGCUAUUCACACAGCUGAGAGACCGGAGGGCGCGCACGGGCGAGGCUGUGGGGGCGCUGGAGGAGCUCCUCGUGGCGUUCUCCCUCGCCGAGGAGGCGUCCCCCGGGAUCGCCGACCGCCUCGUGUCGGCCAUCGUGUCCCGCGUGCACAGGUACACACACACACACACAGGUACACACACACACACACAGGUACACACACACACAGGUACACACACACACAGGUACACACACACAGGUACACACACGCGCACGGACACAUGUACACACGCGUUCACAUGUACACACACACAUGUACACACACGUUCACAUGUACACACACACAGGUACACACACACACACACGUACACACACACACACACACGUACACACACACACACACGUACACACACACAGACACACACACACACGUACACACACACACAGGUACACACACACGUACACAGGUACAUACACACACAGGUACACACACACACACAGGUACACACGUACACACACACAGGUACACACACACACGUACACAUACACACACAGGUACACACACACACACAGGUACACACACAGGUACACACACACGUACACACAGGUACACACACACACAGGUACACACAGGUACACACACACAGGUACACACACACACAGGUACACACACACGCAGGUAGGCACACACACACACAGGUACACACACACACGUACACAUGUACACACACACGUUUACAGGUACACACACGUACACAGGUACACACGCGUUCACAUGUACACACACACACGGACACACACGUUCACAUGUACACACACGCAGACACACACACACAGACACACGUACACACGCACGGAUAUACACAUAUGCACGUACACACGUCCAAGUGUACACGUACACACGCACGCAGGGACACGUAAACACACAACAAUAUAAGUGCACACACACAUAUACGUACACACACAUAUACGUACACAUAUGCAUGGACGCACGCAUGUACACGUACACAUGUACACGUGCACACGUACGCACGGACAAACGCACGUACACACGCACGCGUGUACACAUGUAUGUGUGUGUUGGCACAGUAGGGGGCACAGGUGGUGCAUCAGUCAGCCAUCUCAGUCAGUCGACCCGUGCCAACUGCUGGGUCUGCCCCGUGACCUCCUGCCAGCGGGCGUUCGACACUUCACGUGGCCUUAACGUGCACCUAGCCUGGCACAAGCGCCGUGGUGAUGUUACCGCCCCUGAGAGAGGGAUGGCGGUUGUUGUGUGAGUGGAGCGGUAGUGUAGUGGUUAGCACUACGCUGCGCUAUGAACCUGGCGACCUCGGUUCGAUUCCCGCUCACUGCCAACACCACUGACGAUUAUCUGAACCGGUCCUGGGCUU